AUGGAAAAUUUUAAACUAUUAAUAGUUGGUGCAGGUGCAUCAGGUAUAGCUGCUGCGGUAAGAUUACUCGAAAAUGGAUUUAGUAAUUUUCGAAUAUUAGAAGCUGGUUGUAGAAUUGGAGGCAGAGUGCACACAUCAUUUUUAGGAAAAGAAACAAUUGAAAUAGGAGCAGAAUGGAUUCAUGGCGAACAUAAUAAUUCUGUUUUCGAAUUGGCUGAUAAGUAUGAUCUCACAGACAAAAAUAAUACCCUAAAAUUAGAUAUGACAACUUUUUAUGAUCAUUCGGGUCAUAAAAUAAAUAAGGAGAUUAGCACAGCAUUAGUUUCAGCUUUUCAUAAAAUUAUUCACAUCAGUGAUAAAAAUUUAGACGAAACAGUUCUUAACGAAUCAGUCGGAGAUUAUUUUAAUACAGAAUUCAAUAAAAUUAUUGAAGAUUUGAAAAAAAAAUAUAAUAUUAACGAUAGCUUGUGUCAAAAAUUUGUUAAUUAUUUUGAAAAAUGGCAAAAUGGUUUAGAUGGUUCGCAUUCAUGGCAUGAAACUUCAUUGAGAGGACAAUUAGAAUAUUGGGAUUGUCCUGGUAAUCAAGGAAUUACAUGGAAAAAUAAUCGCUUUAGCGCCUUGUUUAAUAUUCUAUCGGGAAACAUUCCUGGUGUUUCAAAACAGUAUCCUGUCGAAGAAAAAGUUUUAUUUAAUAAAGAAGUUAAAUUUAUCAAAUGGAACAAAGAAUGCGAUAAAAAUGUUCCAAAUGUUUUAGUUACUUGUACAGAUGGAUCAAUGUACUCUACAGAUCACAUUUUGCUAACUUGUUCUUUAGGUGUUUUAAAAGAAAAGAGUACUAAAUUAUUUUCACCAGCAUUACCAUUAAAAAAACAACUUUGCAUUGAGAAUUUGGGAUUCGGAACUGUGGAUAAAAUAUUUUUAAAAUUUUCACAUCCUUGGUGGGCAGAAGACGUGACCGGUUUUGGAUUCUUAUGGUCAGAAGAAGAAAGAAAAAAUGACAACACUGGAUGGUUAUCUGGUGUAAUAUGUUUUCAUCCGAUAAAUAAAAAAAGUUCCAUAUUGAGAGGUUUUAUACUCGGUGAAGCUGCUCGACAUAUGGAAACUUUACCCACGAAAGAACUCAUUGAAGGAUUUAACUACCUGUUUGAAAAAUUUUUGGGUUCGACAUUUACCAUAUCAUCCAUUCAAGUUUGUUUGACAUCGAAAUGGUAUCAGGAUUCUCAUUUUAGAGGAUCAUACAGUUGUAGAUUAAUGAAAACGGAGGAAGCGGAUGUAAAAGCACGUGAUUUAGCAGAACCAGUGUGCAACGUUGAAGGAUUACCCAUUCUUUUAUUCGGAGGUGAAGCUUCUCACGAUAAUUAUUUUUCAACAGUUCAUGGAGCAGUAGAUGCUGGACGAAGGGAAGCUAACAGGAUACUUCCAGUGAUAAUGUAA